UUUGAUUGUUACUUCAAAUGUGUACGGUGCAUUGUGUUGAUUAGUUUCAAUCGUAACAUUUCAGAAGGAGUUGUUUUGUAAAUCAGAACACAAUAUAUUCUGAUGGUGAAAUGAAAGUAACUAAAUAAAUCGUUUUCUUCGACAACACAAAUAAAAUCUCAUUUUCAUAUCAAAACGUUUGAAAAACAGUUUCUGUUCAUUUUCAAGAUUGUGCUUCAAACCAAGAGUGCUGUUAUGCUAUUUUACAAAUAAUAUUUUCAUACGGUGAUUUACAUUUCGAUUUUGAUCAUCGGCCAUUUUUAAUAAACGUUUACUUUUGUCGAUUCAACAAUAAUUCCCUAUAAAUUCGGGUGCAUUUUUGAGGUGAUUCCACAGUUUAGUAAAGAAUUUCACAGCACCUUGUGUUCCAAUUGUCGACCAUUGCAUCGUGAAUACAACAUUUUCGAACGCGCUUUUUGUCAUUUUGCAGUGAAUGUGACAGUGUUGUUGAUUUAAUUUUCAUUACAAUGAAGAGGAGACGUGCAAAAAUAAAUUCAGCCUUUAAGAAAAAUACGGCAAAAUUGAACGACAAUGAAGAGUUGCGAUCGAUAAAACUGUCAGCGCCUUCGGUAUUCAAGUCUGAAUAUUCGGAAGCGCUAACACAGCAUUUUUUCCAUAAAUGCUACAAUGGUACAGUAAUAUGCUACCUAGGUUCGACAUUGUUUUUAUAUGUUGUCAACCUUGCAGCAGAUAACGAUGAUCGGCAAUAUUUCAUUGACAGUGAUGGAAAAAAUGUUAUACGUGAGUGUUUCGCCGCCGUAUCACGAGAAAAUUUGGAAAAUCCAAAACAACCGAAAAUACCACGUGGAUUCCUUGAAAUGAUUGCCGAUGAUCAAUUUGAAUGGCCAAAUAAUAUAUUGGAGAGCUUCUUGCAAAUGAUUCGCUAUCAAUUGAACGAAGACCCUAAUCGGCUCAUAAAAUUUGAUGGCAUUGACAUAAGAAAUGCAAAGAACAAUCUUAUGUUCAAUCAAGAUUGUACCGGAGGCGAUCAACACCGAACGAACAAAAUGAAUGAGUUGUAUGAACAAGUCGCCGUACGCUGUUUACCAUCAUUUCGCGAAUAUUUGUCAAUGAUUGAAUACAUCGAGAAAAAGUGGUUUGAAUCGUUGUGGUUUUUCAUCUUCAUUCAACGUGAAAUAAGUAUAUUUUUGGAAGAGCAUCACGAUCUUGUGCAAUUAUGGCUACGACACCAACGCCAUCCGCUUUUUUAUUGCAAACCAUCCAAGCCAUUGCCACCAAAAAUAAGAAAUUUCACCGUCAUACCGAUAUGUGACUCGAAGUUGAAACACAUUAAAUUCGAUCAAGAUGAUUUGAUGAGCCUGCUGGCCCAAUGGAAAGUUGUGCCGAAGAUAUUUAACAAUGAUCAUGGAGGGCAUAAUAUGUAUAGCCGUAACUAUUACAAGGAGAACGAAGAUGAAGCAUGGGCCAUUUUGUUCAACAUGGACAAAAUCAACGAGAUCAAGAAACCGAACCAACAGUUUCAUCAUAUGAUAGUCUGCGAUAGCGUUUCCGCGUCGGUAUUGUACAGAACACCAAAGCCUGAGAUCGAGAAUACGGAGCUGCAUCGACAAAGAAUCAAGCAAAAACUCGAGAACAAUGAGUAUAAAUACAUCGUCGCAAUUGAUCCCGGUAUGAAAACAUACUUAGCCGGAAUUCGUCGGAAUAUUGAAGAUCGCACUGAGGAGAAUUUCAAGAUAUCUUCGAAGUCAUAUCAUUGGGGUGCCGGACAAAAAGUCAGAGACAAAAUGGGAAAGCGUAUGACUGCCAGAUUCACGCAACGAGAGCAAUUGGACCGUGAAAGCUAUCCAUCGAUACCAUCACCGCGAGGAAUCCGAUGGAGAAAUUACGUCAGGCAUCGAUUAACCAUGGUGAAAGAUGCAGUGGCUGCAUAUGCUCGGCGACGUUAUGCACGGCUUUCGUUUGACAAAUACAUCGGGUCACAAGGUGAGAAAGAUUGGCUGGCGAAAGUAAUAACAAAGAAUGAGCCAUCGCUUAUAAACAUCGGAGCAGUGGAUAUGGCACCCAAUUCACCAAUUGGCAUAAAAAAGGGAAAACGAUGCCCAGGUACACGGCAUCUUCAAUGCAGCAUUAAAAAACUUGGCCAUUCAGAUGUACACAAAGUGAAUGAAGAUUUCACAUCUCAACACUGUGCGAAUUGCCAGAAGAAAUUCCCGAUUCAAACACAAAAAUAUCGAUUCAAAGUGUGCCGUAACUGUACUCGCGAUGCACCAAUACCACAAGAAAUAGAACCGUAUAUCUCACUACCACGGCUAAUUGUGACGAAGAAGAGUCAACGACGCAAAAAGAAAGAUAGCUGCGUGAAGAAAUUGAUCGCAAGAGGCAUCAUGGAUCCAGCAAAUCAACCAGCAGAAUUUCAACCAGGGCGAUUAGAGUCAAAGAAAAUGUACUUUCUGAAAAACUGGCUACUAAACCCUGUGAAUGCAAUUCAAAUGGGAGGCGACGCUGAUAAAUAUCCGGAACAACAACAACAACAGCAACAUCAAAAACGAUUUUGCACCGUUUGGCAUCGAGACAUUGUUGCGGCUAGAUGCAUCAUGUACAAAGGUCUUUGUUACAUAUUCAAUUUGGAAAUGCACAACUCGUAUGUCAGAGCACCAGCACCUCCAAGACCACCAUUGCGUAGAAGACAACCAGCACGCAGAAGAGCCAAUGCAAACGUUGUUCCAGAUCAAUGA